AUGCGUUUUACCUGGGCCACCGCCGGCCUGGCAUUGAACGCCGCAGUCCACGCCAGUCCCCUCCGGCUGGCCGAGCUGCCUACGACGACAUGCAAGUUUGACGCCAGGAAGCCCGAGACUUGGAAGGACAGCGGUGCCGCCAUCUACGUAGAUGAGUGGCUGAAUGACAACGGAUCUAACAAGUGGCUCUAUAAGAUGGAUAUGGAGCAAACCGGGGGCUCUUCUGCCGUCGAGUGCUCCGGUACCAGCGGACAGGCGUGCCCUGUUCCCGAGGGAUCCGAUUGUCCCAACUAUAAUCCAACCGAAUUCUUCUACGUCCGGACGAUUGCUUCUCGUGUCAAUGAAGCCUUCCGAUACGCUAGAGACAAACUCCUCAGCAAUACCCUUGCGACAACUCUCAGUAUCUCAACCAUUGUUGAAGACUUCAAGCUGCCCGAGCCAGACCCAGCUGAGCUGACCAAGCUCCUCAGAAGUCUGGGCGCAGCAUCUUCCAUGAGUGACAAGAUCAUCAAACAGGCCAAGGUCCUUGGCCCGGUCGCCGAUUUUUUGGGCUUCUUGGGUGGCAUCAUUCAGAUCGCAGCUAUUCAUUCCCCGGCCCCAGAGGUUAGAGAUUAUGCCAAGUUCCAGACCGAAAUGGAGUCAUAUCUAUCGAAAAUCUUCACCUCAACAGAGAAGCUGUUGCACGAGACCAUUGUGGCUAUCUUUGGUGAAGGUGCUGGUGACGAGGAGAAUGACCCGCAGAAGAUUAAGGACGUUCUAAAAUUCAUGUCGUCCAAGGGUCGCACUGACAUCGAUUAUAACUCCAAACAACCCGUGGCUGAGCUACUGAAAGGAGGCGCCAUGAUGGUCCCAGUCCAGCAAUCUGAGAUCGGCAAGUCGAUCGAUGAAGCAAUCGAAAUUCUGCAACACGGUAUCAUUGGUAGAUACCUCACCAGUCUGCGUGUCUACGUCGAAUACUUUGAGCCGUACCACAAGACCGAGGACAAGGACAUUCCCAAAUGUGGUAGCAAGGGUGCCUACGAUAUCGAUGGCAAGUGCUACAUCCUCAGACGCAUUGAGUCUGGCAAGAAGGGCAACGACCGACGACCGAAAUUUGAAGACAAGUACCUCGAUGCCAUGGAGAAGUACGGUAUUGACAUCCAAAAGUUCGUGGCGAACGUUGUCCAGUGCAACAACGGUGAGUUGGAGGAGGACCACGUCGAGUUCGAUGGGGACUAUCCCAAGUGCUUCUUUGGCAUGCCUGUUGCCAUUUACGCUGAUAACUACCGGGACUGGGACCGCCCAUCCUCGAUCACCGACAAAACCUGCCACGCACAGUAUCGCAACUUCAAGGACCUGCCGGACUGGCUGACAGGCAAUGCCGAAUCUACGUGCAACCGCGUCUCCACCCCCGAGGUCGUUGACUGCACAAUCCACGCCCCAGCGGCCGGUGACCCCUGGACCGAGGCGGCUCUCGACCGCCGCCGGGUGCACAUCAAGACCGAGGGCAUUGACGCGGCCGAGUUCAAGGAAUACUACUACGACGGCCGCCAAUGCGUGGGCAUCUCCAACAGACAGUACUAUCCAGAGAAGGACGGUUCCGGCUAUAUUCUCGACGGCAAUGCGGCCAAGGGGAUCCCAGGCUGGCGCACGUGGCACAACUGCAUGGUCGACCGGCUCCAGAAUUGGGCCGACAAGCGUGGCUGUAAGCUUGAUUCGGCCUAUACCGAAUUGGCCUGA